AUGACUCCCUUAAAAGAGCAACUUGAGCACUUUUUACCAACAUUGGACUUCCAAAAUGCAUCCCAAUUUAGUCGAAUAUCCCAAAACUUAGUGCUCGACGACGGCUAUAGUCAAACUGACAAUGAAGGAGUCAAGUAUUUAUGUGGCUAUAACGAAAUGGAUGAGCGUGAAGAAGAACUUACCCAGGAAAUGCUGUUGUCGAGAUUUAGUGAAGGUCUGCAGCAUAUCGACACUCAAAGUCUCAUAAACGUCACUAACUUGGCAUUUUGGAAAGCAUCCUCACAGAAAGAAGGCUUUCAUAUAUCACAUGCAUUGGAUGAUAACCCGAAUAGUUAUUGGCAAAGCGACGGCUCGCAACCGCAUUAUAUUGAAGCAAACUUCAGCAAGCGCGUUGAAAUUAUUCAGUUGGCGUUAUUUCUAUCGGUGAUAGUUGAUGAAUCUUACACCCCGCAGAUUCUCAAAAUUUACGCUGGCCAUAGCUCGUCUGAUUCCACGCUGUACAAGACUCUUGAAGUCCGCAAUCUCAAUGAUUGGGUUUUGUUGACGUUUGCGGAUAACAGGCCACAAGAUAAACUCCUCAAAUGUCAGUAUCUACGCAUUGACAUCCCCGUCAACCACGAAAAUGGAAAAGACACACAUCUGCGCGGAUUAAGAGUCUACACCCCAUACCUGCGAACGGCGGUUGAGAAGUCCUUCGUGGUGGAUUCUCUUUCAGUUGGAGAGGUCUUCUCGGGAUUUACACUGCGAUAA